UUCCGGUCUGGAGGAUUUGCAAAGCAGAAGUCACUCGAAAGGGAUUAGCUAGCUUGCUAGCAGCCGAAACCUCUUUAGAUGUGGGAAUUUGCGCUAAAAGAGCGACUUUGAACAUCGCUGACACAUCGAGCGAGUAAUAAAGCUGAAAUCCCAGCUGUUGCCAUGGCAAUCCUGUUUGCUGUGGUGGCUCGUGGAACCACUAUUCUGGCCAAGCAUGCCUGGUGUGGUGGGAACUUCCUGGAAGUCACUGAACAGAUUUUAGCCAAAAUUCCCUCAGAGAAUAACAAACUGACCUACAGCCACGGCAGCUAUCUCUUUCAUUACAUCUGCCAUGACAGAAUCAUAUACCUGUGCAUCACUGAUGAUGACUUUGAGAGGUCACGCGCGUUCAGCUUCCUCGGCGAAGUCAAGAAGCGCUUUCAGACGACGUACGGGUCACGAGCACAGACGGCAUUACCGUACGCCAUGAACAGCGAGUUUUCCUCCACGCUGGCUGCUCAGAUGAAACACCACUCAGACCCGCGGGGAUCAGAUCGUGUCACCGAGACCCAGAUGCAAGUGGACGACCUGAAAGGCAUUAUGGUCCGCAACAUAGACUUGGUAGCACAGAGAGGAGAGAAACUGGAGCUACUGAUUGACAAAACGGAAAAUCUGGUUGAUUCAUCGGUCACAUUUAAGACCACGAGUCGUAAUCUUGCGCGAGCCAUGUGUAUGAAGAACCUCAAGCUGACUAUUGUUAUUGUGCUGGUGUGCCUGGUGAUCCUUUACAUUAUCGUGUCUGCUGCCUGUGGAGGCCUCAGCUGGCCAACAUGUGUCAAAUGAGAGGAGAGUGGGGAUGAAAGAGCGGGAGAUAAAAGAAAAAGGGACGAGGGGGAGAAGUGCUUGUUCAACUCUGCUCGCUAAUGGACACAAAUGGAAAAACAGCAUUUCUUACUUUACACCUCUUGCUUCAACAUUGCUGGAAUACACAUGCUGCUUCUCCUCCUCCUGCCUCCUUCCUUGCCCCCCACUUUGAGAGUCUGCACAUUUAUUUGCCUUUUGGACCAGGAGUCCCACCUCAUACCCCCCCACUAAUGGACAGCAGCCAUGAUGUGGCCUAAAACUGAUGUGGAACAAUAAUCAUGUCUUAUGUUAGUCUGGUACAUUGAUUAUGUGUCUCAUGCACUUAGUGGCCUGAUGUAUCAGUCUGUGAUACUGUCCUGCACCUAUCCAUGUAAUUAAUCCAUUCAGACUGAUAACAGGAAGAGUCACAAAAUAGCAGAGUUUAAUUUGUUAUUAUCCUGCUUUACCUUUACAUGUGGGAAUGACAAGUGUAGGUAGCAUCUAUGUUGUGUUGCAGAUCCAUCAGGAACGACUCAUACCAUGUAGCGUCUGGUCCUCUGUUAUAAUAACUGAAAACUAAUUUUUGACAAACCUGAUGCAGUAUACAGAUUUUCUGAAUGAUGCCACAUUUUAUCAACAAGCACAGUAGUAUCUUCUAAAAAUGGAUGUUGUAAAAUAACAGAUAUUAUCAUACAAAUAAAUAUUGUACAUUUGAUUGAUAUUACUGAUACAUAAUGGUUCUUUGAAAGCAAGUCUGAUUUCUGAGAAAAUCUUGUCUGUUUCCUGCCUGUGGACUUGAUACGAGGCUUCCCUUCCCGUCUCCUAGGACUGUCAGUGUGUACUCAUUAUUUCUUUCUGUUAACACAAUGCACUUUUUAUAUUGUACAUAGAUUUGCUUCCUGGCAUCAUAUGGCUUAUGAUCAUGUAAUUAAAUUAUUGUACAUCCGGAUUUAAAUGAAUAAAAUCUGAUGAUAUCAAA